ACUGUGCCAAUUUGUCUUACGUUAACAAACAUUUUGCGGCUCUGCAUGCUCAAAAGCUUAAAUAUGACCAACCUAGGUGGUGGUAUUUAUCACGGAGGUUAUAGAAACGAAUUGGCUGGCAGUGUGUUGGAUGUGCCAGAAAUACAGUUUGCUGGCAAGAGAGCACGGCGUAAACUAUGUCAGAACCGGUCAGCCAGAGGGUAAUUGUGCUGCAUUUUCCACAGACCAUACUGGAGCAGGAUGGAAUUUUCAUUCAUUCCAACACAGACAGAACGGAGGACCAAGAAUCCCUCGUGUCCGGCCUCCUGCGCAUCGUUGAGAAGGAUGGUGAAACGCUGGUGGAGUACAAGCCUCUUGAAGAUGCUGUAGAUCCAUCAAACAUGCUCUGCGCUGGCAAGGACUCCAGCUCGGUGGUGGAGUGGAACCAGUGUCCUGGGGACAGACCCCACAGUUCGGUGGUGGAGUGGAACCAGUGUCCCGGGGACAGACCCCACAGGUCGGUGGAGCAGCAGCUGAGCUACGAGACCGAGUGGGACAUGGUCAACACAGUGUCCUUCAAGAAGAAACCCUACACCAACGGCGAAGGUGUGCCAAACCACACUCACGAGCGCAGCAAGUGGGCCUUCUUCUUCAACCUGAGCGACCUCAAGACCAUCAGAGUGAAGUCCGAGGGCUGGUCCUACCUGGUGUUCAGCCUGAAAGACGACACCACCCUGCCUGCCCUCCACUUCCACCAGGGCGGCAGCGAUGCCUUCCUGGACUGCCUCAGAAGAUACGUCCUACUCAGCGAGUGCCCCUCAGACCAGUCAUCUCUGCUGGUGUGCAGCCACAGCAAGGCGCUGUCGCAGUCCUUCGAGAACCUGCUGGACGACACCACGUUCGGCCUCAUUCAGAAGUUUAAGAAGGACCCGUAUACGACCACGCUGGGUGGCUUCUCCAAGGUCACCAACUACAUCUUCGAUGCGUUCCGGGGGCAGGACCUCGAGCACCAGCAGCGGCCGGCCGAGGAGGUGGCCGACCUCCUGAGCGAGGUCAUUCCAGGCCUGGAAAUCAACCAACAGGAGGAGCCCGGCUUCGAGGUCAUCACCAGGAUUGAUCUGGGAAGGAGGCCAGACGUGGAGCGGAAGGAGCCGGUGUCCGCGGAGGACUGGGCCAGUCACAUGGACUCGCAAGGAAGGGUGCAGGACGUCCCUCACCUAAAAGAAAAGAUAUUCAAAGGGGGGCUUUGCCAUGCAGUGAGGAAGGAAGUGUGGAAGUUUCUCCUGGGAUAUUUCCCCUGGGACAGCACCCGCGAUGAGAGGAAAAGCCUGCAGAAGAGGAAAACGGACGAGUACUUCAGAAUGAAGCUCCAGUGGAAGUCGGUCAGCGAAGAGCAGGAGAAGAGGAACUCCAGGUUGCGAGACUACAAGAGCCUGAUAGAAAAGGAUGUCAACAGAACUGACCGAACCAACAAAUUCUACGAAGGUCCAGACAACCCGGGCCUGAUCCUGCUCAACGACAUCCUGAUGACGUACUGCAUGUACGACUUUGAUCUGGGGUACGUCCAGGGAAUGAGCGAUUUGCUGUCCCCGAUCCUCUACGUGAUGGAGAAUGAAGUGGAUGCUUUCUGGUGCUUUGUGUCCUUCAUGGAUCAAAUGCACCAGAACUUCGAGGAGCAGAUGCAGGGCAUGAAGACCCAGCUGAUCCAGCUCAGCACGUUGCUACGGCUACUGGACCUUGCGUUCUGGAACUACCUUGAGUCCCAGGAUUCGGGUUACCUGUACUUCUGUUUCCGCUGGUUACUGAUCCGCUUCAAGAGGGAGCUCAGCUUCCAGGACGUCCUUCGCCUGUGGGAGGUUAUGUGGACUGGGUUGCCGUGCCAAAACUUUCACCUGCUGGUGUGCUGUGCUAUUCUGGACUCAGAGAAGCAGAAAAUUAUGGAGGAACAUUACGGAUUCAAUGAGAUCCUAAAGCACAUAAACGAACUUUCAAUGAAACUCGACGUUGAAGAAAUCCUCCUCAAAGCUGAAGCAAUCUGUAUGCAGAUUAAAAGUUGUAAGGAUCUGCCGAGUUCAGUGAGCGAGAUUUUGGGCUUUAACUCAGAAGCGGAAGCUCCAAGGCUGGAGACAAGCGAGUUCGGCAUGCUGGAUUCGCCAGAGCCCCCCAGGGCCGCACACAGACAGGAGUGCGUGGCGGAACUCAUCUCCAAUGGCAACGGACAUUUACGAGAAGCAGCCCACGAUGUUUACAAAUUAGCCUACAUAUCGUAGUAAACAAUCCAGUCAACACAGAUAUUUUUUUUCCUCAGCCCCUCAGCCACCAAGAGAGAAAGAGUAUUGGGAUAGAAUUACUUAUUUGGUGAAAGGUAUGGCAUUAUCAUGGCUAAGUGUGGGGGAAAAAACAAAACAAAGUUCUAAACAGGUCUCAAACUGAAUUAUUUUUGUAACUCCGUGUACCAUAUUGGUCUUUCGUUCAAAAUGAUCAUUCCUUCUCACUUGCAUAAAGUUGAGUUUUAAUUUUAAACUGUAACAGAUUUGAGUUUUUUUUCAGUUAAACAUUCUGAAUCAUGUCUGAGUUAUUCAAGUGAAAUUGAAAAUGGUGGAUCUAACUUAGCUGAUUGAUGUAUAUCAGACAAACAGAGGCUGUGGUAGAUGAUUACAUAUUUUGAGAUUCGUAUAAAAGUCGAUGGUAUACUGAUGAUGGUGACAUAUAAUGUAAUGUGUAGUACCUGGCAUUAAUUUAUAGUGUCAGUUUAUGGAUAGAUCCAUUGAAAACAGCUUUAUAUUUUCUCUGGAAAUA